AUGUUCUGGUAUCGACGCUAUCGUUAUCGCAACGAUAACCCCGCCCUAUCGGGUGUGGCUCACCGAUUCCCAGAAGCUGGACCAGGAGCUACGGACAUUUACCCAUCCAAGUCGAGCCAGAUCUGGAAGCAGACAGCUGUAAUAAGCGAGGCACAACCAGGACCUCCACCACGCACUAGGAUAAGCGCCCGUGUUGGUGGGUCAGCCAGCGUGUCAGUCGUGUCGGAGCUUCUGACGCCGUCGUGGACCCGGUGUCGUGCUGCUGCUGCUGCUGCUGCUGCUCCUCGGCCAGGGAAGUCCGCACUGCUGCACGUGAACUCGCCCAGAACCAUCACGGUAGCAGCAUCUACCCAUCGACUUCCAACACAAACCUACAACCACCAGCAAUCACACACAGCCAAGGCGGUUGCCGCCGACGGCAGAUGUCGUAGGCCUGGUGCGGGCCAGGCGACAUUUGCUACCAUUUCUCCCAACAAACCACCGGCUGUCACGGCUCCCGAGCUGGAUAACAACAACAACCACACACAACCCUCCCCUAUCACUACCGCCGGCCCAACCGCAUCCUCAUCCACCACCACCACCGCCACCCUUCUUCCAGCACCAGAAUCUACUGCCCCACAACUACCCCACAAUCCACCUUCCACCACACCCACCACAGCCGAGGCUCAUCAGGACGACUCGGAGCGGCCCAGGAAGCGUCGUCGGCGCGCAUCAGAGGCACGUGAGACGCCAGGCACAGCCUCGAAGCAGCGAAAGCCGAAGCGGCGCCGAGCAGCCGGAGCGAAUCUGUCUUCAGACCAUCCAGCAGAGCCGAGCAUGCGGCUUGACUCCACUCAGGAACAAAGAACACAUCCUUCUACCAACGGAUCGUCAUCCCAGAACGGGUCCUCGCCGCAUACCAACGGAUCCGCCAAGAGCGGCGAGACGAAUGGGUUUCAUACGAAUGGCCACCAUGCCGAGCAGACGGCGGUAGCAGUAGUGCAUGAUGAUACGCCGUUCUACGGCCACGAUAGAGAAGAGGUGACGAGGAUACUGCUGCAGAGUCUGUCGGAUUUGGGGUAUCAAGGUGCCGCGAAGCAGUUGAGUACGGAGAGUGGGUAUGAGCUGGAGAUACCGAGUGUAGCAGCAUUUAGAAGUGCCGUGCAAGAUGGCGACUGGGAGGAGGCAGAGGCGUUGCUGUUUGGAGUAGAAGCGCCGGCGGAGGCAGAUGGCGGAGUGAUGCUGGGGAAUGGUCAUGCUACGUCCGCGCCGUGGAGAAAGAGUAGGACGUCACUUGGCAGCCAGAAUGGAUGGUCAAGACAUGGCUUACCGCUAGCCGAAGGUGCCGAUACGACGAUGCUGAAGUUCCAACUCCGGCAGCAGAAGUAUCUGGAACUGCUGGAAAAGCGAGACCUAACCAGCGCCCUAACCGUCCUCCGCAACGAACUCACCCCGCUCAAACGCGACAUCAACCGCCUCCAUGCCCUUUCAAGUCUAAUGAUGUGCCAUUCGGCAGAUGACCUGCGCACGCAAGCAGAAUGGGAUGGUGCACAAGGUGGCAGCCGCAACAACCUCCUCUCCACCCUUUCGAAAUCCAUCGCCCCGUCGGUCAUGAUACCGGAACACCGUCUCGCCACUCUACUUACGCACGUCCAGCAGGAGCAAAUACUGCAAUGUCGGUAUCACAAUACAUCGCAACAACCGAGUUUGUAUACCGACCACGAAUGCUCCGCUGAUGACUUCCCGCUCCACCCACUGAUGGAUCUGCGAAACCAUACCGACGAAGUCUGGCACCUCGCCUUCUCCCCCGACGGCACAUUACUCGCCACCGCAGGCAAAGACGGGUUGGUAUGUGUCUACUCCACCCACGAUUGGCGGCUGCAGCACGAAUUCCGCGAGCACGACCGCAGCAACCUCGGGCCUGAGAACAGCAGCGGCAGUGCCAGCGGUAACAGCAAUACGAGAGGUGUCGUGUAUGUGGCCUUCAGCCCCAACUCCGAGUACCUCAUCUCCUGCGCUCAAAGCAACGAGUUUGUCGUCGUGAGUCUGCGGGAUGGGAGGAGAGUGGCGUAUGCGGAUCACUUUGAUUAUCCCGUUACUACUGCGGCGUGGUUGCCGGAUAGCCAGACGUUUGUGGUGGGGACGCAGGGGUCGCGACGGCCGUUGGGGCUGUACAGUUUGCGAAGUAACUCCGCGAGUGGCUUGAGUGGUGGUGGAAGUGGGAGUGUGGUGAGGAAUAAUGAGCUACAUACCUGGCGCGACCCACCGUGGGACGCGAGUCUGAAGGACAACCCGCCUUCUUUCCGCAUCACGGACUGCGCCGUUAACACCGACGGGACACGCAUGGUCGCCUCAACGCUGGGUUCUAAGAUCCUGCUGUACGACCUCACCUCCCCUGACAGACGGAAACUCGCAGAGUGGAGUAUGGAGGCCGGCGUAGAUAUCACUUCCAUCUCCUUCUCGGCGGAUGGAGGAGAGGUAUUGGUUAGUAUGAGCGGCGGCCGCGUGUGGGCUCUCGAUGCCGCGACGGGAGAGGUCUUGAUGAAGUAUGUGGGUGCUGUGCAACGGGAUUGGGUGGUCCGGAGUGCGUUUGGUGGCGCAGGGGAGAAUUUCGUGGUGAGUGGGAGUGAGGACGGGAAGGUUUAUGUUUGGAGGCGGCAGACGGGGGCGCUUGUUGCAAGAUUGGACGGGCACGGUGCGGCGGGUGGUGGUGGGGUGAGUGGUGGAGGUGGGAGUGGGAAUGGGAUGACGGUUAAUGCCGUCGCCUGGCUGCAGACGCCUGAGGGGAGGGGCGUGAUUGCGAGUGCGGGCGAUGAUCGCCGGGUUAGGAUCGGCGUGGCAUGUCCGCUAAGACAUCGGCCUGUUGAUGCUAUGGGUCGCCGCGAGCUCUAUGAGGACGAGUUCGAAUACGCAUGUGCCCGUGGAGGCGGGCGCGAGUCGGUCGAGUUUGAGUCUGGGGAGUUAUGGGGGUGGGUAUGCCAGGUAGCAGCGCCUGGGUUCGGAUAUGGUAUUGGCCCGUCAAUGGCGAAGAUGAAGGCGAACGUUGUGGAUGGACGGCUGCGUCUUGGACAGAACUAG